AUGAGUCUGGGAAGUCCGCCAUUUCCAAAAAAUUUGGCACCUGGCAGUGUAAAACAAGUGCUGCAGAGUCUUCAGCAGACAAAAAAAAAGUCUCGACAAAAAUCUCAGGAUCUUGGUAUCUGUCUCUCACCAUUUUUUCAGUGGUUCCGCGUGGACCGGGCCGGGCAGUCGGUGCCGGUGGUGGCGUCGCCGCCCAGGGUGCGGCAGGUGCAGGGAAGCCUGGUGCUGCAGGCCGUCACGCUGGCCGACGCGGGGCUCUACAUGUGCGCCGUCAACAACUCGGUGGGCACGGAGCGCGUGUCCACCUCGGUCGUCAUCAACGCGCCGCUGGCCGCCUACAUCAGCCCCCAGGUGCAGACGGUGGACGUGGACCGGACGGCCUACUUCAACUGCACCACCGAGGGACACCCGCAGAUCAGCGUGUCGUGGCUCAAGAACGGCAAGCAGCUCUCCGCCGGCAAGGGCGUACAGAUCCUCCCCGGACACGUGCUGAGGCUGGAGUCGGUGCAGCGCGCGGACGGCGGGAUGUACCAGUGCUUCGUCAGCAACGGCCAGGAGGCGGCGCAGGGCUCGGCGCACCUGCGACUCGGAGACGCCGCGCCGAUGCUGCUGGCGACGUUCCCCAACGAGACGCUGUCGCCGGGAUUUACUGUAGUUUAG